CAGAAAAGGUCGACUAUACAACUGUGGAUAACGAGCUGAAUGCGUCAUUGUGAAACAUACAUUGCUUAUUAUUCGUGGUGAACAUUUCACGUCAACAGCCAUUGCAACCUAAUCAAAUAAAUUUCGGUGGAAAAAUAAUUCCGGUGUGCGAGCGAACGAUUGUGUGUAAAAGUGUUUUCGGUUGAUUGGGACGUUGAACGAUUGAGUGCGGAUUACAGGGGAAAUAUUUGAGAUGAUUAAAAUGCCAAAAAGAUCAGAAAACAAUGUUGAAAGUGGCUCCGACACACUGUCCGAUAAAAAUGAUAAUAGUAACUCAAGUAAUUCAAACACAUUUCGAACAGCACAAUCCGCCAGUGGAAGGAUAAGUCCAUUACCUCUUCCCACUGUCAAAUACUCCGUGCAUGAAAACGUCAUUAAGAGCAUAAGCGAACACCGGAAAUUGAUCCAAUAUCGACGUGGCGAACAACCAGUGAUUGGUUUAUUAAUUGGUGAACAAAAGCACAAAAAUAUUGAGAUUACGAACGCAGUUGCAUUGGAGGGUGACAGUAUACAGAAUAUCAAAAUCGAUUCGGAGAGUAUUCGUGAAUUCGAAUCAUUCGCGAAAGGAUUUCGACAGUUUACUGUUGGUUGGUAUACAACAACCAGUCCAUCUAACGAAGAAAUCACAGUGCAUACGCAGUUUUGCAAUAUCAUCGGCUGCCCAAUCAUAUUGCGCCUUGAUUUUGUUGGGUGUGAAGAAAAGCCGAAAAUAAGCAUGCAAACAUUAGUAAUUCGUUGUGUGGAUGACAAACCAGGAUCUAUGUUUGGGGAUGUGACACACAUGCUCGAUGCACGAGGCAAAAACGUUUCAAUUUCAAAAUCGGUCGCAUUGGAUCCAGUUUCCGGCAGCUCAAAACAAGUAUCAUCUUCGAAUGUGAUGACUGUAGCAACCAUUCCUUCUCUCAAUGUUUUCCUGAAUCGUCAAACGGUUUACGCCAUGUCCACGGCAUUUUUAGGAUACUCAAAAGAAGAAAAUUUAGUCGUUGGUGGAUUGGUCGGUACAAAAAAGGGCAAAAACAUUAACAUAUUUCGAUCGUUCAAACUAGUCAGCAUGGCUAAUGACCAAGAGAUUACCAUUGAUAAGGAUAAACUUAAAACAGUUGUUGAAUGUUACACAGAAGAGAACAAAGAUUGGAUGCUUCUUGGUUGGUACAAUACUCGCAGUCGACUGACUAAACAAGACAUCAAAGCGCACAAAGAAAUAUGCAAAUUUACCCAAGAUUCUAUCAUGCUUCAAAUCAGUUUAUCACAGAACAAAGAAGCAAUAAUCAAAGUCUAUGGUUCUGCGACAGAUACCAUUGAUAGCAAGACGGAAACAUUUCUUUUUAAAUUGCCCCACACCAUAAAUUCUGCGAAUUUGGAAAAACAUCGCGCGAUUUACGAGCAAUAUAAAAGGAAUCAGGCCCGCACUAAAAUAUCGGUUUAUCUUCUUGAGAUGAUUCAGAAUGUACCAGAUCGACUUUUAAAAAUACAUAACACAAUUUUUGGCAAGAAGAAAGGUUACGCUGAUAAAUAAAAAUUGCACAGAAUUCAAAUAACUUAAUUCUAACAUAUGUUUAAAUCAACAAUUGAUAUUAAUAAAAAAGAACUCGAUUUGAUCAAAAAAAAUUUAAA